AUGGAAUCUGCGGAACCGCCCUCUGACACGCGAGAUGAGGACGAUUCGGCCUCAAGCUCCGACCGAACAGCCUCACACAAUACCGAAGACAAUGAGUCCGGUAAAGAAAAGGGACCGACUGAACAUGAACAAUCGGCCAGUAUUGAAACCGAUGCAGACGACCGUGGGGAGGAAAACGUUCCCGUUGAAAAUGAUCAGAAGAUAGCCGAAAAUAUAGUGCGCAGAAUCAUGGAGGAAAUCAAUCUGUAUGUUGCGGGAACACCGAAGGCUAAAUUACAACUCCUGGUGUUGGAUAUACUUGAGGUCAAGAAAGAGUUCAUUGACGAGAUAGAGCGGAUUGAGGCAGUGCGCAGACAGCGAGAUACAGCGCAUUCGCCGCGUCUUGAGACCGGUGACGGUCAGAAUCCAGGUAAUACAUCUCAUCUGGCGGAUCCGGUCAUCAACGAAACCGACGAAAGGACAGAGACUCCUUUCACCGGGCCACUUGAAACCGAUCAACCUGGGGAUUCAGAACCGGUCGUCAUAGAAGAAAGGGUCAAGUCUCUCAUUCAGGAGUUUGCCAACUCAAAGGUUCGACCAUGGAAGAGGAAAAUCAAGAAAGCCGCGGUUCAAACAAUUAAAUUGGCCGAAACAACGAGGGAUAAUCUUGUGAAGGCAGAGGCCCGGAUCACAGAGAUCGAAGUCAACUACCGUGACGACACGGUUCUGAAAAUCGAGCAACGACUUACAAAGGUCGAUGAGGACCUGGGGCAUUCAAGCACCGAAGCCGAUUCAACACUCAACAGAGUCAGAAGCCUAGAAGAAAAGAAUGCAAGCCUUGAGGACGGAAAUACCAAACUUGAAGCCGACCUCAAUGCGCUCACCGAACAGGUGAAUGAGCUGAUCAAUGCCAAGUUGGAUGCCGAUACAGCGGUUGAGGAGGCAAACGCUCGAGCAGAUAAAGAACUCCAGGAUGACCUGGACAAGCAGAACCGAACAGAGAAGGGGGCGGCACAGUCUGAUAAGAACUUCGACGAACAUGUGCGGAUAUUAAUGGCCAAUGAUCCGGAAUACGCAAAAACCGUGGCGGCUAAACAAGCCGAAGAAGCAAAUCGGUUAAAAGCUCAACAAGACACAUACCACAACUUCGAAAAGGCUCACAAGAAGUCCAAGGCGGCUUCCUCCUCUUCUGUUCCGACAAAACGAAAAAGGAAAGUUUCUGCAAAGAAGGCUCAAGUCACCGAAUUGCUGGACAGAAUCACUGAAACAGCUGUUGAAGAGGAUCACUUCGAGGUUGACUUCGAGGAGGAUCUCGAGCCGCGACCUACAAGACAGUGGGUUCUCAACGCGGUUCCAAUCAGCACGGUCGGUCAACCGCAAGCUGGAGGUUCUUCUUCAAGGCCGGCUCAACCGGAUGAGGACCAACCGACAGAUGACCUGAUGACAGGCUUCCUGCCAUCCGAAUUGGAAUAG